AAGAGAUGUUGCUGUUUUUUUGUUACUUUCAUUACGACGCAUACUGUUCAUUUAGAAAUGACAUCAACUCAGAAAAAAAAAAUCCGAGCUGAUGUCAUUUCUAGAUUUUAUAUUCUUGCAAUACUCACUGUUCAUUUAAUGAAAGAAUGUGAAUAAAAAUAAACGGCUGCAAAGCGAGACAAACAAGGGGCAUUCUAAAUGCGUGUACCUUAGUGCCAACCAUUUUCCUACUAUGUGGGAAAACGGAAUUCGAACUUCCAAUUUCGUUUUUCGUUUACCCACACCAUCGGAAAAGGGAAUUCGAGAUUCCAUUUUCGUUUCCCGUUUUCCUACUACAUUGAAAAUGGAAUUUCAACUUUUAUUUUCGUUUUUCGCUUUCCCACAACUUUGGACAAUAGAAUUUUAAAUGUCAUUUCCUUUUCUCGUCUUUCGUUUUUAUAAGAUAUUGAAAACGGAAUUUGAAGUUCGAUUUUCGUUUUUUGUGUGUGUGUUUUUGUCACUUUCUUGUGUUACCUGAAUCGGAAAAAUAUUGGCACUUCCUGUCGCUAUCGAAAGACCUGGAAACCACAUCCUUCAUGAAGUCUGUCCGCCGUUUUCUUACUGAGGAAAAUAAUAGUUAUGAAGACCUCCUCGAGGUAAUCAAGAACCGUUACCCGAAUCUAAGGGGCUGCACAGUAGUUUGCUAAGUGUAAAAAGGUUUUCCAGUUUGCAUGGUAUCAAGAAGAGAAGGUCAGUUGCGGAUAGAACUGUCGAUAUCCGGUCAGUGUAAAAUAAUGACUGCGGACUGCGGACUGCGGACUGCGGACUACGGACUGCAGACUGCGGACCAUGUGGGGUAAAAUGAAACCAGGGGUAAAAUGCAGACUGUAGUCUUUUUGACUGAGUUGUGUUGCCGUUUCCAUCAUUGAGAGCUAACCGUAAGUAGGCAAACCGGAGCGUUAUUUAAGCCAACCUGAGUGAUAUUCACGCUAUAACCGGAGCAUUGCAAACUUUCACUGCGAUUAGCCUGAACAACCCUGUUUCCGGUUAGAAAUAGUGAAUAUAAUGGAAAUAACGCCGACGAUAUAUAUUAAAAGGUCUGUAGUGUGCAGUCUGCAGUCUGCAUUUUACCUUCAGUCUGCAUUUUAUCCCCGGUCUCCAGUCCGCAGUCUGUAUUUUACACUGACUGGUCGAUAUCGAAGUGGAAGGUGCCAUAUCGGAGGUUCGACUAUAUGUUCCAAAUUGAUCAUGACAAGCCUUUGUACUGAGCGUUUUUGAUUUUACAGUGGGACCUAAAUAGCUAUUUAAUUCGGUGAUUUGUGAUGGUAUACGCAUUAUUUCAUUUCCUAGCCGAUAUCGAUAUCGUGGUAGUCCUAUUAAACAGAAGGCUUUUAUUAACAGUCAGCUCGCUCGAUACGGUUUGUAGUGGGCUCAAAAAUUCGUAAAUAUUAGUUUUCUAUAAAUAUAGCUGCGUCCAUUCUGAGGAUCGUAAGAUAGGAAAAAAUAUAUAUAUAAGCCCAAAGAGCGAUAGCGUCUGCUUAAUAGGCUACUGUCUUGAGAUAAUAUAAUAGAACACGAAAACGAAAAACGAAAAUCGUAGUUCAAAUUCCGUUUUUCAAUGUCUUACGAAAAUAGAAGAUGAAAAACGGAAAUGACAACUGCAAUUCUGUUGUACGAAGUCAUGGGAAAACGAAAAACGAAAAUAGAAGUUCCAAUUUCGUUUUCAAUGUAGUAGGAAAACGAAAAACGAAACUGAAAGUUCGAAUUCCCUUUUCCGACGGCCGGGGUAAACGAAAAACGAAAUUGGAAGUUCGAUUUUCGUUUUCCCAUGUCGUAGGAAAACGGUUGGCACUAAGGUACACGCAUUAUUCUACGAAAAAAAAGUGUAUUUCCUUUUUUCUCGAUCGCAGGCUUGGAGAAGUUUGCCGUCAGGUCGCCGCUGUCCUGUUUAAAAUAGAAGUUACUGUGAAGCUAGGUCUUACCAAGACUUCCAGCACUAGUGAAGUAUGCAAGUGGAACAAAACGUUCAGAGAAAAGAUUAAUCCCAGAUCAGUUGCUGAGUUUACCGACCUUGUUAAGAGGAAUAGGAAAGGAAAUGUACCUUCAGUCUCUUAUACCCCAUCACCAACCUUCCCUGAUCUGUCUGUAUUAAAAAGCCUAAACGAAGUAUGUCCAAGAGCAGCUUUCUCCAGUUUAAUCCCCAAACUUGACCCCGAGGAGACAGACAGUGCAUCAGAAGAUGAAGAUGAGAGUAACAUACCUCAGCCAUUGACAGCUCUAUACUCAGAAGAAUAUGCUUCACUUACCAAAUAUCAGCUAAAUGAAAAAUGCAGCCAGAUUGCUAAAGAAUUACAAGUCAUUCCAGAGCAAUGCAAAGAGUUGGAGAAAAUUACCAGGAAUCAGUCUGCCCCAUAUACUCUGAGCACCGCAAAGGAAGAAUCACAGCAAGCAAAGCACACAGUGAAUUGGUCUGGCUUUGUUAUAGAUCUUGACAGGCCAUAUUUUGGAGCAUCAGCUGAUGGAAUUGCAACUUGCAAAUGCUGCCCAAGAGUUGCUGAAAUAAAAUGCCCUUUUAAACAUAAAGACGUACUACCAAUGGAAGCAGCUAAAAGUGUUCCUGAUUUUUGUCUAGAUGACAAAGGUCAUUUGAAAGAGACACAUGCAUACUAUACCAAAAUACAACUACAGGUACAUGUGAAAAGGAUGGAAGUGGGAGACUUUUGUGUCUUCAUUAACGAAGAUUUACACAUUGUGGAGGGAAUCCCUUUAAACAAACAUUUCAUAGAAUACUCCCUUGCCAAACUGGACAGUUUCUUUGAAAAUGUAAUACUUCCAGAGAUCCUUCAGUGCAAGGAAGUUGGAAAUUUCAGAGAUGGGAGAUGA